CAGGAAUGACUGAAACGUUCUAGGUCUCUCAAAACGUCUUUUUCCAAGUAUUGUUUUUUCAAAAUGAACUUUACCAUAGACGCUUUAAGCAUAAACUAACAACACAUGUAAGAUGUGUGAUUUCUUCCAUGAUUGGCUGUCAGCUUCACCUUCCACGUGACCACUUCCUGUCACAAUGCUGAGGCUUAAUCAAUCUAUCAGGCUCGUUAAGACGCGGUACCUCCCUGCAUAACCCUGAUCGGCCUAAUUGAGAUUAUUAGCUCAACUUUAUUGGCUUGACGGUGCCGUGUGAUAAUAUGGAGGAGGACUGCGAUUUAGCUGAAGAUUUCGACUGUCCAAGCCUGCUGUGUGAGGAACUGGAGGAUUUGGAAACAAAGGACCCUAAAGAGAAGACGAGCAGGGGGAAGGACGAAGGAGAUGAGAAAGUGUUAAAUCAGAGGGAUAACAAAGAGACAGGAGAGGAGUUGGAGCACGAAGAGAGCAAUGAGGGGGAAGAAAAAGGAGAAAAUAAAGUUGUUGUGUCAGAAAAGAAGCUGAUGGAGAAGGAGGAAGCGGAAGAGGUGAAGCCUGAGAGUGGGCUGGAAGCGGAGGAGGAGGAGGUGGCGGUACAGGCUCAGAUGAAAGAUAAAGAAACCGACAUUAGCAAACAAACAGUUGUUGAAAAGCAAGAGAGUAAAAUUAAAAAAGUGACAGAAAAGAAAAAUGAGCAGAAAAAGAGCAGAAGGAGGCGAGGCAAGAAACAAAAUGAGCAUGUGAGAACCAGGAAAGGAGGAAAGGAGGAUCUCAGUGAGAAGCUGGAGGAGGAAAAGAUGAGUGAGAUGCAGGAAAUGUCAGUGAUGAGCUCAGAGGAAAACUCUGCUCUUUUUGAGCCCUCAGUUGGGCUGAUGAACAGCUUUGAGCUGUCUGAUCCAGUCUAUCUGGGUAUUGGGACGACUGGGCAGUAUUGCCCCCCGGUCCCUGUUCCAAUCCUGUACUCGUCCCAGCCACCAGUCCCGAUCCAGUCUGCAGCACCUCAGUCACACGGGACAAAAAGACCCCACAGCCCCCCUCAGCCGCGCUGUCUCCCCCAGCAGAGCUCCCACACUCUCCAGAUGGAGAUAUCUCAAGUGUACUCCACUCGACGCUCUAUCCGUUACAGUAACAGGGGCCGAGGUCAGGCACUCAGCUUACCACUACCACCAGGAUCUGACAGGGUGGACGGCUGCCCACUGCCACCUGUCCCAAGGAAGAAGACCAGGACACUGUACAGUACAGACCAGCUGGAGCAUUUAGAGGCGCUGUUCCAGGAGGAUCACUAUCCUGAUGCAGAGAAGAGGAAAAUUAUUGCUGCGUCAGUUGGCGUCACCCCUCAGAGAAUUAUGGUUUGGUUUCAGAACCGCAGGGCGAAGUGGAGGAAAGUGCAAUCAAUUACAGCAAAGGCUGAACCUGCACCGGCUGGAGCUGAAUACAGUAUAAAUAGCCCAAAUCAUAAAAUCAAUCCCAGUUUAACCAUCCUGACAUCCAGCAGGCAAGGAGGGCUUCCUUUUUCUGGUCACUUUGCUGGCCCAGUACCACAGAUUGCCUCUACAGCUGCUUUUCCCACGCUGUCCACUCAGACCCCACCCUCCUACAGUACGUUGUUGGACAGCCUUAACAGCCCAGGUCACAGUAAAGGGAGAGAAAUGAGUUCGGGGACUUUGCCAGAGUAUCAUCACCCCCGUCCCAUGCACAGCCCUCCCCCUCUGCGACGAGCCAGCUUCCCUCUUUUUCCUGUUUCGUUUAACUCCGUCAGCCCUAAUCCCCCUCUCCUCAACACCCCAGUUCACACCCCACCUCUCUUUCUCGAUGCUCUGGAGGGUGGUGCCUCUUUAGCUCAUUAUGACACCCAGUCUCAGCACAUUGACACUAGCUUGCUCUAUGACUUUGCGGAGAAGCUGAGCCAGCAGAGCAGCUCCUUGUCUUAUCAGCUUCAGAACUCCUUUCCAACCAGCCAGUAUCAGCCUCAGACAUCUGUACCCCACAUGGCCUACCUUACUCCAUCACCCUACCUUACCCCCAACCCUCCAGAUUCCAAUCCUACCUCCUACCUGACCUUUGGACCUGGGGGAAGCUCAGCUGGACUGGUGACAUACUCCACAGGUGGUCACACCUACUUUCAGUCACAGAGCACAGGACAGGUCCUGCUACAGCCAGCCAGUCACCAUGGUGGGAUGACAUCAUACCAGUCAUAUCCAUGGAGUAAUUUGUACAGUCAGCAAGCCAUCCACCAGCGUGCCCAGUGUCCUCCCACGUACUCAGCCAGCUUGGGAUCUGUUAUAGACCACCAGAACCCCUCUACCCCCAGCCUGCCUCUCCAUUCUCUAUUUCAGGUGGGGGAGCAUAACCCAUCACAUAUAAACUUGCAGCAAGCAGCAGAGACCCAGCCACACACUGCCUCCAGCACCACCACCACCGCCCUCCCACCACUGUCAACUCUGCGGCCCUCCUGUCUCAGAGCUGAGAGUACUCCGACCAAAGUUUCAUCACUCCUUCCCUCUCAGGUCAGCUCCACUUGUCCUGAAAGCCCUUCAUCACCCUCUUGUGUCAAAUUGGAGUAUGACAGCCCUCAAGAGAUACACAGCCACUUCCACUGCGAUUUCUCCCCAAUACAUUUUUGAAUCCAUGUUUGAGUUUAAUUUGUGUGUUUGAACUGUAUGUAAAUAGUAUAAUUUUUUUCUAUAUUUGUAUUACAAAUACAGUUCUCAGUAGAAACGUUAGAAUCUCAAGGCUCUGUUGGCCUGCAUGAAGCUAAGCUCUAAUAAAUGCAAGUAGUAAGAUUCA